UCUCCCUCCACUUUCUGUUCAACACUCCACUUGCUUGCUUAACAGAGACUGGGCAAACAGAACUGGUGAGUGAGAAGAGUGUACAAAGGGAUGUGAGAGACUUUUUUUAAUGCCCAUUUGGACUUUAGCAUAUUUUGUUUUUUUAUCUGGACACUGGCAAUGUCUGAGAGCAUUGUGAGGAAGGUCCAGCCUUUUACCAUUGGGACGAGGCUGUCGGCCCCGGCUGUGCCAAAAUGCCAGGAGUUUACACAGAGUUAUCUGCAGAGCCAGAGUCUGGAUAACUGCACUCUGCAGCACAACCUGAACUCUCUCUACCUCAGUCGAUCCCAGGUCUGCACACACAGUCCCUGUCUCGUCUCGCCCACCGUCAAGCAGGUAGCCCCGGUGAAGCACAACCGGGAGGACAUGGCAGCUGAGGACCACCUGAACCAGAACAUCGCCUCUGCCUCUGCUGUCUCCAGGUCAAUCAAGAAGAUCACAAUCUCUGGGAAUAAAGGCAGAUCAGAGAACAAGGUGUCAGUGGGACCAGCACAGCUCUCAAUCACAGGGUCCACAUCUGAAAACAACAAUAACAACAACAACGUCACCAGCACAUCAGCCGAUCCACAUCUGCCCAGGAUUGUGGGUGUGAGCUGUGAGAAUAAGUCCAGUUCUCACUUCAAGGUUUUACUCAGAAGAGACAGCAGUGACGAACUUCAGGCCACGCAGGCACAAACCAGGCUAAAACUGAACGUUUUAGAGAAAUCCGUCCAACAGAUUUCAGCGCCUGAAACGCUAAAGAAAGAGCCUCAGAGGAAAGAAAGCCAUCCACACACACAGAAUGAAGCGUCGGCAGCUGUUACGUCCCAGUGUGACUGCUUCACUCAGCGCAACUCGCUCUUCAACAAGGAAGUAUUGCAGGCAGAGGCGUGGAUCAAAGGCAAGCUGCAGGACCUGAAGGAUGGAUGUAAUAUUCAGCGCUGCCCCCUGCAGGACUGGGAGGAGGCCUCGCAGACACUUCAGAGAGACCUCAAAGAUUUUGAGAACACCCUAAUUCAACUCAACCAGAUGGGUGAGCAGUUGAUCUGCAAGCUGAACCCCACCUCUGAUCUGGUGAAGAAGCAGCUCAGCCAGCUCAGGGACCAGUGGCAGACCCUGAAACAGACAGCUGCAAAUCAGACGAGGGCCCUGGGUGGAGCCAAGAACCUGCAGGAGUUCAACAAAAAAGUGGACAAGCUGGAGGCCUGGAUUAAAGAGAAGGAAGAGGAGCAGUCUCUGGUGAAUGUCCUAGGGGGGAAUGUUGACAAAAUGCAGCUGACCAGGAGAAUUUUAGAUCUGAAACAGGAUGAGCAGCUAUACAGAAACCUCCACGAGGAGAUCAACCACUUGGCACUAAAACUGGAGAAACAAGGGAAGACAGAUGGCAAAAACAUCUCCAGCAAGAGGAAACACAUAAAUAAAAUGUGGCUGAAGGUCCAGUCUCAUCUGAAAAACUACCAUGAAAAUCUUCAGCUGGCACUGGAGGUUUCCUCAUUCUACCAACAGGCCGAUAAUACGUUGUUUGCUAUUAAUAACAUGAGGAAAAGCAUAUCCGCAGCCAAAGAGCUGGACAGCUUCGGAGAUAGAGAAAUACGCGACAUCGCCAGUCAAAUCAUGAUGCUAGAUGUGAGCCUGUCCCAGGUGUCUAAUCUCCAUCCUGCCCUGGCGGCCGGCGUCACACAGAAGCAGAGCGAGGUGAAGGACUGCUGGGCGCUUCUUCAGAAAGUUUUCAGGAGUGACCGGACCACACUCUCUCCCACUGGCCCAGCUUUCACCAGGGAAGAUGCUGACCCCCUGACACCAGCCCGAGAACCCCAGUGCAAUGUGGGAACGGAGAUGCAAAGAAUCAUGGGAAAGGAGGUGAAGGAGGAGCAGAAUCGUCUAAAAGGCUGCGUGAGUACUGUUGAGUGUGGGAUUGGUAGGAAAACACCGAGCAACCAAAGCCAGGAGCAGCCAUCAGUGAACCACACCUCUUCACCCACAGGAGACGGCCCUGCCUGUGCAAAUGAUGUCAUCGUCAGACAUCAAUUGAAGGGAGAAAGCAGGAAGCCCAGAGCAGAGCCCAAGCUUGCUACGGCCCCGCGAGGCCACCCACAGCUUCACACACAGCUCCAGAAGUUCACCGUGUCUGCUGACAAGACAUUGUCCUGGCUGAAAGACAAUGUGUCCAUGGCCACACAGGUGUGUUCAAUAGCCAGCUUUGAGGGGCUGGAGGCAGCCAGGAGGUGUCAGCACGCUCUGGAACAAGAAAUUCUCACCAACAGGGCCAGGAUAGAGGUGGUCAAGCGGGAGGGCCGCGGGCUGGUCCGUGCACAGCACCCAGGCUGCGCCAAGAUAGAGGAGUUCCUCGGCCAGCUGGAAGUUCUGUGGGAAGAGCUGCGGAGGAGGCACCAGAGGAACGCCGUGUUUCUGAAGGCCUCAGAGGAGCUGGGUUUUAGGGUUGUAAAAGUGCUCCAGGCCCUGGGCAGCCUGGAAGCCUGGCUGGAGUCCGUGGAGCUUUCCAUGAAGGAAUCUGCUCUCGCUGGUGACCCUGAAACAAUGAGCAUGGCUGAGAGGGAGAGCUGUCUGCUGGAGAAAGCGAUGGCAGCGCGCAGCCUGGAGCUCGGUGCUCUGAGACAGGAGGUGGAGCGCCUCCAUAGCCACAGUCACCCACACACACGAGGCCUGCCAGCCCGCAUGGAGGACGUGGAAAGAAAGUACCACCGUGUCCAAAGUGCCCUGACCCAGCAGAACUCAGAGCUGCAGGACACAAGAAUGCUGACUGAGUUCCUGGAGCGCGUGGAACUGGAGGAGAGCCAGGAGCUCGGCGGUAGUCAGUACAGCCUGGGCCAGCCUCUUCACAGUGAGAUUUCCUCAGCUCCUCCAUUGCUGGGACUCCAAAGCAGUGGCGGUGGUGAGCCCCUGAUAGGAAGCAUGGGGGACCCUGUGGAGGAACUACGAGAGGCCGUAGAGAUGCUAAAUGACACUGUUAGGGAAAGAGGCCGUUCGCAGAGCCACGACCAGGCCAUCCAGGACCUGCUGAGCAAGCACGCCAGCCUGGCGGUGCACGUGGAGGAGUGCUUGUGCUGCAGCAAAGAGCUGGGCCUGGACAUCCUGGAGAAAGAGACCGACAUGGCCAUCCAGUGUGAGCCAGACCGCUGCGGCCUAGGGGCUCUGCAGGAGAAGCAGGGCCACCUGGAGAUUGCCUAUAAAGUCAUCAGGGAGGAGGUAAAGGAGAUAGAGACCCAGACUGCUCGCAUGGAGGAACUGUGCCCAGAGAGAGUGCACGUACUCAGGACAAAGAUCCAGGCUAUGCUGCAGGGCUGGACAGAGCUGGGGAAGAGUGUGACGGAGAACAAGUCACGUCUGCAAGAGUUUGUGCAGCUCCAGGACUUCUUCAGGAGCUACCUCGCCAUGAUCUCAUGGACAGAAGACACCAGGUCAUACAUUUUCUCAGAUACUGCCUUGCAUCUUGGGAAAGACGGCCAGAGGCCACUCGCUGCCGAGCUGGACGUGCAGAUUGAGCAAAAGUUUGAGGAGUUUGAUGAGCUGGCGGACACGGGGAGGAACCUUUUAGACAAAGAACACCACCUCACGCAGAUGGUAAGAGAGCGCAUGGAGGAACUGAGGAGUAUGCUUGGGUGGAUCUCGGUGCACUGGAGGGCUCAGAAACAACAAUGGCUUCACAAAAAAAGCAGACAGGAGCCUUCCCAAGAUAACAUUUAUUCUGAGGCCACAAUGUGCUGCUCUCCAUUAACAGAGAGUUCAGCUCCUGAGGUAGAGGCCCACCAGUCCCAUCCACCCCCAGUCGUCACCUCCGAUGAAGACAAAUUAAAGACAGCAGGAGACAGCCAGCCCUCAUCCCUGUCUGAGGAGAAGCAGUUAGAGGAUGGGUAUGAGGUCAUGAACAGCAUCGGACCACGGGGCGGCGAAGCCACCUCCUCAGAGUCUCCCAAACCCUCCAUUGUGGUUCUCAAAGAGCCCAGCAGCCCUGCUUUAGGGGGCACGGUCAACCUCAUCCUUAGCUUUGGUAACUCCGAGGACAGCCAGGUUCAGGUGCUUGAGCUGCCUGCUAGGAUGGACCAGUUAGUGGAGGAGACCUCUGAGCCUGUCCACAGGCCCACUGUGCCUCAAUCUUCUACCUGUAAAAACUUUUGGAGGCGCUGCCAGGGGUUUUUGGAAAAUACUAUGGGUAGUUUAAAGCGAAAGAGAAAGAUUUAUCGUCAGAGUGCAAACGAGGUAAGUACCUACUUGCAUGUCAAGGAUAACAACUUGGCUGUGGCCCCUGUGUAUGAGAGUAUCACCCUGCCCCGCCAAAAGAGCUGCUCUGCAGCCUCCCUGUCCCCUCCUUUCUGUCUUCAUCCUUUCAUGUUGCCACCGUAA